AUGGACAACAGACCUGCUUCGGAGUACGCGCAGUCAGGUUCGCACUUUCCAUAUCCACUGUCUGCCGCGACUCAUCAUUCUGAACUCCCCGCUGCAGACCAGGCUUCUGCUGCUGCCACUGCUCAAUACACUCCCCAACCGGAGGUUCGCCCGACUCCCCAGUACACGCCUCAACCCGAGGUCCGCCCCGCCGCCAACAUCUCUUCAUCCAACACACCUCAGUCGGACUACGGUCUGAACCAACCCGCCGCCGCGCGCUCCCCUGCCUAUCCCGAAUACCUCGCCCGCCCACCUCAGUACCAUCACGCCCCCAACACCCAGGCCGGUGGUGCGGCAGGUAUGGCUCAAGCAACAAGUCCGUCCAUGACCACCCUCAAUAAUGGGCAACACCAUGACCCACGCAAUCAUCACACGAACGUGAAGUCUGACGCAGACGUUCCUAUAGAUCCCUCAAUCGCGGCCUCCAGCCCCACCUAUCCUCCUCCUUACUCGCCUUAUCAGCCGCAGGGCCAUGACAUGGCUCAAUACCAGGGUCACCCCCCUCCUCCCCCUCCUCAGAUGUAUGGGCGUCCGGAAUGGUCGCAUGGUUAUGGACACAAUCAACACGGUCUUCCUGGACCAUAUAACGCUCCUGCCACAACGGUUGGUCCCGCCUCCCCUGCUGCGACCGCAGGGCCGCGCCCUGGCCAGGUAUACUCAUUCGUUCCCAUUCCCGGCGCGCAACAACACAAACGCCCUCGCCGGAGAUAUGAGGAGAUUGAGCGUAUGUACAAGUGCGGUUGGAAUGGAUGUGAGAAGGCUUACGGUACUCUCAAUCACUUGAAUGCGCAUGUGACGAUGCAAUCGCAUGGUGCGAAGCGUACACCUGAGGAAUUCAAGGAAAUUCGCAAGGAAUGGAAAGCUCGGAAGAAGGAGGAAGAGGCUCAGCGCAAGGCCGCUGAGGAGCGCGAGCGUGCCGCCGCCCAAGCUGCUCAGUCCAACCCAGUGGAUGCGCCCAACCCUGCGGAUCCCGCCCAGGGUGGCCAACCGCCAGCGUACCCCGGCGGUGUUCGGCCUCAACUCCCUCCGAUCGGAUACCAACCUGCUGAUGGCCAGGUGCCCGGGCAGUACGGAGCGGCUGCUGGUGGCAUGGUUUACCAGGGUAAUGGGCAGAUGGCCUACCCUCCCAAUUACCCUCACUCCCCCUAUGGGCAAGCGGGCCAAGUGUACCAGCCACGUAAGUAG